CCUGAAUCCUCCCUAGCCGCAUCGCCGUGUGGCUAUCUCAUCACCCAUCGUCUGCCCCGUUACCCGUUGUGGCUGCUAGCGAAAUUGUCACAGGCUGGAUAUCUUCGAAGCUCGCGCCCUCAGAAACCCUGACCCCCAAACGAAUCCGAGAGCGUAUUUUUCUUCUCCACGCCGCACGCUGGCUACGAUACCAUUGCGACUCCCGCCUACCGCCGCCUCGACUGCUAACGACGCCCGCGCAACGCCCGCUUCAUUGCUACGAGUUGGCGGGUGAAGGAGACGGGGCUCGUUCUGGUGACAUCUCCUCUCUCUCUGCUGGAUGCUGCCAUUACAUGCAUCACCCAGAGGAAAGAUGCAUAGACAUGCCUACCCGAAUGGGCAUACCGCACUUCCGAUGGGUGGCAGCGGUACCUUUGAAAUCCAACCCCACAAAUUUCAGCCUCGAUCCCAUGCCUCCACGCGGAGGCGCCGGAGCAAUAUUAUCAAAGCGAUAGGCGCGGCCACCGCUGUACUAGUCAUCCUCUACUUUGUUUUCCCUUCACUCAUCACGGGUGCAAUACCCGUCCUAUCCUUCGGUCUUCUCGCCGGCUCCGAGGACUUCCAGCUUGAAACAGUCCGAUACUAUGAUUUAAACAAUGUACAGGGGACAGCAAGAGGCUGGGAGAGGGAGGAGAGGAUACUGCUUUGCGCCCCUCUACGAGACGCGGCGCCACAUCUUCCCAUGUUCUUUAGUCACCUCAGGAACCUGACAUACCCUCACAAUUUGAUUGAUCUAGCAUUCCUCGUGGGCGAUUCCAAGGACAAUACACUACAACUUCUGAAUGAUCUCCUAGUAGAUGUACAGAAGAACGAAGACCCUAAACAGCAAUUCGGGGAAAUCUCCAUCCUGAACAAGGACUUUGGUCAAAAAGUGAAUCAGGAUGUGGAGAGUCGACACGGUUUCGCGGCACAAGCCGGGCGACGGAAGUCUAUGGCACAAGCCCGCAAUUGGCUUCUAAGCGCAGCCUUGCGGCCAACACACAGUUGGGUGUACUGGAGAGACGUGGACGUGGAAACUGCUCCGUUCACUAUUCUGGAAGACUUGAUGAGGCACAACAAGGAUGUUAUUGUCCCCAAUGUAUGGAGACCACUACCUGAUUGGCUCGGAGGCGAACAACCGUACGACCUGAAUUCAUGGCAAGAGUCCGAAACUGCUCUUGCUCUCGCGGAAACACUAGACGAGGAUGCAGUCAUUGUCGAGGGAUACGCCGAAUAUGCCACAUGGCGGCCGCAUCUGGCUUACCUGCGAGAUCCUUAUGGUGAUCCAGAUAUGGAGAUGGAGAUCGACGGAGUUGGUGGAGUCAGUAUCUUGGCAAAGGCCAAGGUCUUCCGCUCCGGUGUCCAUUUCCCAGCUUUCAGCUUCGAGAAGCAUGCUGAAACAGAGGGCUUCGGCAAGAUGGCCAAACGCAUGAAGUUCUCAGUAGUCGGUCUGCCGCAUUACACCAUUUGGCAUCUUUACGAGCCUAGUGUCGAUGAUAGGCGACACAUGGAAGAGAUGGAGAACGAACGUAAAGCCAAGGAGGCGGAAGAGAAAGCCAAGAAGGAGCGACUUGAUAAGAUACAUGAUCAGUUUGAGAAUCCGAGCGGCCAGUGGGAUGAUGAUAAGACCAAUAUUCGUGAUAUGGCGAAGCAGGAAAUUGUCAAGGAGGUCAGUGGUGAGGAAUCAGAGAAGAAGCCUGAGAAGAAGCCGGAGCAGCCUACAGAAAAGCAGGCAGAGAAGAAGCCCGAGGAGCAGGCGGAGAAGAACCCAGCGAAGAAGGCGGAAGAAGAGCCAGCGAAUGAGGCGGAGAAGAAAGUAGAUGAGCAUACAGAGAAGCACCAGGAAAAGCUGUCGGAAAAGGAGCCAGCGGAUGAAGCAAAGACGGAAAAGACCAAAGAAAUCAAAGCGAAAAUCGUCGACCCUUUUGAUGAAAUCCCAGUAAUAGGGAAGAAAGAUGCGGCGCCGGAGUCGUGAUAACGAUUGUACGGCCAUACACAUUACAUUCAACUGCAGAGCUUAUUGCAAGCGCCUUUAGCGUUAAUCGCUCACUUUUCUUCAAUUACUUGGUAAAGCUCUAAGAGCUUCACGGGCGCUGUUCAUUGGAUUCUGAUGAUCACACGUCGGGCUAGUCCCCUCCGAGUACGAGCCGGUAUCACAAACGUAUGCGAUGCAUAUCAGCUUCAAUUCUAUUUCUACUUGCGAUUUUCAAGGAGUUGAGGCCCGGCAAUUGGGGGUUGGACCCUGUAUAUAGACUUCCCCUGCAUCUACGGCGUUUGUUGAAAGGACGAGAUGCGUGUUGUAACAAUAGUAAACCCACACAUGACCCGA